CCUUGUGCUUUUGAUCAUGACGGCAGUCUCGAGUUUCGCCAAUUACUUCAAGCCUCCUCCGCCUUGUACUCCACGCCCAGGUUGUCCUCGACGUCGUGGCCUGUGUCUCUCGAUGAGCAGAGCUACGUGCACACCGCAAACCUGAGAAAGAAAGAGCAGUGCAAGACGCUUCUGGAGACGUACAGCACGCCAGGUUCGCUACGCCGGACCAGAGCCCUAGCGCGCAAACAUGUCUGUCCCAACGAUCGCGAUGGAGGACGACCUCGGGAUCGUCUAUGUGGUCGAGAAUGCGCAACAAUUCUGGUCGGAACUGCAAGACGUUCUGCACUUCCCUAAAGACAUGAUACCAACACUGUCCCAGCUUGAUCUAGCGCUCAAGCGGUCAUUGGCGCUGUGCGCGGCAUACCACGAACAAUACCUUCAAACACCCAUGCAGAUCGAACACGCCUGCGAUCUCAUCCUAGAUUCAGAACUCUUCACCUUCCACUCCGAGCGCAUGUGCGAUAUCCUCAUGAGCGACAUCCAGUCCACUACCGACCCCCACAUGCAGCUCAUAUUCUACUUCCUCCUCCUUCACUACGGUCGCCGCACCCGCCACGCUACCGGCACGCGCGCCGAGUUCUUUCGCAACCAGAAGAAGUGGCAACCGGUCAUCCCGCUGCUCAUGGACCAUAUCCAAGUCGACAUAGAAGAGGACGCGUUCGAUAUCGACGAGGAUGCCGACUUCGAUCAGAGCUCGGCGUCUGGCAGUAGCGCAGUCGGUGGGGUUCCUGUACCUAUUGAGGCAAAGCUGCGCAGCCUUAGCGUCAAGUUGCUAUACGAGGUGUGUCGAGUACAGCGACUUAGCCUUUCAGAUCUACGCAUCUUCCCGAGCGCCUUUAUCGACUUCUUGUUCGAUCUCGUUGAGCAAACACGAGACAUGCGAAAUGACGCCUUCAACUAUUCGAUCAUCAAGCUUAUCGUUGCCUUGAAUGAGCAGUUCAUGGUGGCGUCGUUGCAGGCGUCCCACAGUCCAAGCCCAGCUGGAUCUCCUGCGCCUGAUCAGGAGCACCACCGAAAGUCGAAUCACCGACUGUCGAAUGAUCCAGAGGGGAAGAACCAGAACCGAGUCCUAAGCGUCCUAAUGCGACGGUUAGGAACGAGCAAGACGUUCGGCGAGAACGUGAUCUUCAUGUUGAACCGAUCCAAGCGAACACCUGAGGAUCUGACAACACAAUUACUACUUCUCAAGAUCCUAUAUCUACUCUUCACCACCAAGGGAACAGAGGACUUCUUCUAUACCAACGAUCUGUUCGUUCUCGUAGAUGUCUUCCUACGAGAACUGGGUGACCUUAUGGACGUGGACGAGACAGACGCAACGCACGGCAGUGUCCUAGAAUCUCUAAGGCACACUUACUUGCGCGUGCUCCAUCCGCUCCUCACGAAGACAGAGCUGAGGGAGGUACCCUACAAGCGCGCGCAGCUCGCCUAUCUCCUCGAAUCGAUCGUCAACUCGGAUGGGCGUGGCGCGACGAAGGAGGUCGGGCCGACGACACGGCGACUGGCCGAGCGCUGCCUCGGCGGGGAGUGGGCAUCGGGCCUACGCACGCAACGCAAGAAGGCGGCGUCGGACUUCGGGCCGCAUGCCGCGGUGUCGCCGACGACAGAGCUGACGCGCCCGACGCCGCCGCGGCUGACGAGCAAGAGCGUGGAGAACCUAUCGUCGACGAUGGCGGGGAUCACUAUCGCUCCUCCGCCUCCCCUACCGACACCGUCGUCGGCGUUCUUCUUAUCGAGCGCGUCGUCGCAGAGCGUGCCAGCGCGAUCCGACCGCUCGCAUGCACAUCGAUAUCAGCAAGCUGCGCCGCAUAGCUCGAUCUCCAUACCAUCUGGUCUGAAAGGGAUCGAACGCGCGACGCUCUCGCCGAUGUCGAUAUCGUCGGCGAGCUCGGUGGCGGACAGCGACGCUUCAGCGUCCACCGUGGAGAGACCGCAUCGACGCGCGGCGCCGGCGCCGCCAAAGAAGAGGAGGAAGCCGCCAGCGAUCCCAGCGAAUGCUGGGUUGGAGAGGACAAGCAGCGGCGCGUAUGUGCAGCCAAUCAAACCUGGUUUGAAGUCAGCCCACUGAGGAUUGGGUGUGCUGUCUCUAGACUUUACGCUUUGAUGUUCUGUACAUACAUACCUUCGGUCCUUCUCCUUACCUUACGCUUGACACUCUUUGUCAUCUCCCACACCCUUUCCCUCACACGCCUCGUCGCCUCCCCUCCCACCCUUUGUCAGCCUCCACACCCACACCCACGCAUGCAUAUGGGCCCUGCUUCUUGCCCUAUUCACCUCUUAUUUC